UACAUAAAUAAUAAUUUUUUUUUACAGGCAAAGCAAGAGUUGGAUUUGGUCACAAAAAAGCUGAAUACACAAUUCGAAGAGUUGGAGCAAUUGAAGAUGAGCCAAAGUGAAGAAUAUUCUAAUUGCAGGGAGGUUAAGGUUUCUCACGAAUUUUUAGCGAGCAUCUACUCCCAUUUAAUUGAUAGAACCGAAAAAAUAAAGUCUUUGGAAACAAUAAUUGCUGAAAAAGAUCAUGAUCUUGAAUGUUACCUUAUUCACAUGAAGAUAAUGCAAAAGAAAGAAGAAACCGUGAAAGAUCAAUUGAUUUUAAAAAAUAAACAGCUUUAUGGAGAAUUAAAAGCAAAGGAAGAUUGUGAUUUUUCUCGUUUUCAGUCUGGGAAAAUUUCUGUCACGUCUUACGGAAGUGAUGAAAAGGAUAAAAAAGCUGCGGAAUUGUUGAAAAUAUCAGAGCAAUCAAAUUAUUUUGUUGAAAACAAAGACUCCAGCGAAGGUCAAAACUCGGUGGACUUCCUAUACAAAAAAGUAGUGGAAGAACUUAAAGCGUAUUUUGCUUAUAAUUAUGAAGCAUUACAGGAAAAUAGUGGCAUUGUAGUUGAGAAAAAUAACGAUAUUUUGCCUCAACAGCUCUCCUUACACGAAAAAAUGCUAGAAGAACUUUUACUAUAUUUCAAUACGCGGAAUCAAACUAUGCCAAAGGAAGAAGAGGAUGAAAAUUUUAAUGAAAAUUUGUCUAUACAACUCUCCUUAUACAAGAAAGUGAUGGAAGAGCUAUGUAAUUUUUUUUCUAACAAGCACAAAAAACAAUCAGAUGAUACUGUUAUGGAAAAGCAGAACCACUCAGUUGUUGGGGAAGAGGGAGAUGAGGAAAUGGUGGAUCUCAGAGAAAAGAAUCAGACUCUAUCAGAAAACAGUAACAAACAUUCAAUACUUCCGCUAUCCAUGCACGACAAACUGUUGGCGGAACUGAAUCACUAUUUUUCUACUAAACAUCAAACAGAAAACCAUAAAAACCCGGUCCUCCCCCUCUCUAUCCACCAAAAAUUAUUGAAUGAACUUGAUGAUAACUUUGAAAAUAAGCAUAAAACUCCAUUAGCUGUUCGUAAAAGAGAAGUUUACGAUGCACUCUUAGACCAUCAUCAUCACUUAUACACGAACUCUCUUUUCGAUGAAGAAGAGUCUUGUGAAUCUAAUCUUACGUUGAAAGCAACUAAUGAUGAGUCUACUCGAUUCAUUCAGAAAGCCACAGUAAAGAAGAGGGCAACUGCUCUUCAAAAGGUCAGACCUGUUAGUGCAGCUAUGAGUAAUAAGCGAUGGUCAACUUACUCAGAGAAAAACUGGUGCGAUGAUCUAGGCAUACCAUGGUGCCCAGAAUGCGGCGAAACAGAGAACAUAGUGCUAGUGCAGAACCCAGAAUCGCUUGCCUCAGAUCUCCAUACGGAAGAUGAAGUGAUUGCCACAGUUGAGGCUAUACAAUUAGUAAAAGAUGUAUUCGCCUAUUUGGACGAGAUUGUUGACAACAUUGAUUCAGAUGAAGACAGAGAUAUAACCGUAAAUGAUAUGAACAGUCAUCGUGUGACAGAAGCGUUUGAAGAUGUUUUACUCAUAACGAAUCCCGUGUCUUUCGUGACAAUGUACAUUUUAAUUAUAAUUUUUAUUUGUUUUCAUGUCUAUUGUUUUCUUGAUUAAUCUCCCUGUCAAAAAUAAAUAAUUUUCUUGUUA